AAAAGGAUGUUUCUAAAAGUGCUACUAUUGUGUAUCGUCCUAACUUGGAUUACACAUGGUGUCCACGGUUGUUCGUGUUUUGGUUCACCGCAUCCGCAAUCACAAUUCUGUUCAGCUGACUACGUACUCUACGGCAAAGUAACCAAGGAGACGUUAAUACCAGGACCAGCAGAUGAUACUGCAAACAACUUUGCGAUCUGGAAAUAUACAUUUCGCAUUAUUUCCAAAAUGAAGGGAGUGACAGAAGGUGUUGGUCAAGAAAUAGUUGUAGAGACUGCAGGAAAUAGUGGGCUUUGUGGAGUACGUUUUACGGUCGGACAGUCAUAUAUUUUGAUGGGUAAAUACAUCUCCGAUGGAAAGAAAUAUAUUGGAUCCUGUGAUUUCAUCAGACAACUGAGUAGUUUGUCACCUUUCCAAUCGUUAUAUCUGUUUACAAGAGGUUCUAAUUCUUACAAUUUAAACUGCAGAAGGAGAUGCAACAAAAUUGGCCCAGAUUCAACAGGUUGUAAAUAUGACCCUGGAAAAAAUGACAAGCUUAACAUUUGCCUGGCUAAAAAUGCUCUGUGCAAACGAGAAAGAAGACGAUGUCGUUGGGUUAAUAAUGAAGAAUGUUAACGUGGUAAUGAAAUCAACCA